AGAAAACAAAAAGAUAGAAAAGAAUAUCAGUCUAAGAAGCAUUAUAGCGGCAAACAAGUCAAAACAGCCAGACUUAAAAGAAGAGUUCGGAUUCAACGCGACCGAGAAGAAGAUUAUCUCCCCCAUCCUGACCUUCAUCCAAAAGCUGCAAGUGAUCAAGGGGCGGCAACUGAGGGGGGAGAGCAGACUGCCGGCUAGCUCCAAGUGGCACCUCUUCCAGACGCCGAUCAUGAAGACCAAGUUGAAAAACCUCAUACUGUCAACAAAACACGCGGCGAUUCGGGCACGAUUUCGACGGGUCAUCAAUCUAGUACGAUGCGUUUAUCGUUUUAUUCACAUCAUCUCUGUCAUAUCGGGCGACACCAAACUGAUCAUGAAGAGUGUGGCCCAGUUCACACAGGAGCAACUCAAGAACACCUCCCUAAAGUUCGGCAACCAAAACCGAGACGGCAAGGGGAAAAUGAUGUUCAACGCGGCUAAAUAUAAACUCUCGAAACGGCUGCCGUUCAGUAUGGAGGUCAAACUGACCUUGACGAAGCCCUGGUUUGAUAGAUCUGAUAACGAAGUGACUGAGGUUGUGAAGACACUCCAGGUUUUGCGGAGCUUUGUGGAAUUUCCUAAGUCUUCGCAGAGGCGCCUGGCACAAGUAGCCUGGCUUAUCGAGGUACCGGCGGAUAAGGUUAUCAUCAGGGAAUGCCACAUCUCACAAGAUUUCUACAUUUUACUUCGCGGAAAAGCCAAGAUGACGAAACUAAAUGGAAGUCCUUUCGUCGAUGAAAAAGGGGAGCACACUCUAAUUCGUUGGCUCAAGAGGGACACAAUUUUUGGUGAGGAGAGUAUGUCCCAGCCCCUCUCAGAACGUGAGUACACUGUCUACAGUACUGACCACUGUGACGUGUUGGCUGUUAACAUCAACGACUACCUCGACAUGCUGAUGAAGACACGGGACGAUGAGGAGGCCCCAGAACACAUCGCCUUUAUCAGGUAA